CAUAAUUUUUUUUACUUAGUAGGCAUGAUCCUUCCAUGUUAUAUUGUUUUCAUACAGCUCAUGUUUGGACAGAACCAAAGUCAUUCAAUGCGGAGCGACGUACGUCGACCUUGGUGAUCUUGCUGAGUCCGUGAGGCCAAACGGCAAAAUGUCGACGAACGUAGUUGCAUGCGGGAUUGACUACAUCAACAACCACACCGAUGUGUGCGCCGACAAGACAAUCAUGCAUUACAGUGUGACCUGCAAAAUAUGGGACGGUGACUUCCACCACAAAAUCCUGAGGAAGAACUUUGCCCAACACGGUGAUUUCAAGCUCACAAUGAAGAAAUAUGUCAUGUUCCCCAUGUUCCAGGAGCUUUCACCACAUGACCCACACGACAAGUGUGGUCACCACUACGUGAUCUGUCUUGACCUGAAGAACCAACGUGUUGAGGUGCUUGAUUCAAUCCGUUCGGAAGAUGAUGCAGACCUCACCACGCAUGCUGAAUUCUUCAUUAAGAACCUCAAAGAGACAUGGCACCGUCACUAUGAACACUCAAAGGUCCAGAUCAGUCAUUUCCCGACUGAGUAUGUGGCGACUACAAAGCAAGGGAACACGUAA